CCUAAAACCCACCACCUAUGCAGCCAACACCCCCACGCAUGCACCCAACACCACUACCCAGGCACCCAACACCACCACCCAUGCACCAAAACACCACCACUCCAUGCACCCAACACCACCACCCAUGCACCCAACACCACCACCCAUGCACCCAACACCACCACCCAUGCACCCAACACCACCACCCAUGCACCCAACACCACCACCCAUGCACCUAACACCACCACCCAUGCACCUAACAACACCACUACCAUCCAUGUAACAACCCAUGCAAUUCCAACCUUACCACCAAAGCCCUCACCACCAGAAAUUGGCAACUACACAGUCAAAGAUGGCAAAGUGUGCAUCAUUGCACAUAUGGGACUAGAGCUUCAAAUAGAUAAUUCAACAAAGAAAAGCACAGACAGAAGAUAUUUCAACAUUGAGCCGAAAAAUACAAAUGCAAAUGGAGCAUGUGGUGAUUACACAUCAAAACUUGUCUUGCAGUUUCCAGAAGGGUCUAUUAAUUUUACUUUUGUUAAGGAAAGCAAGACUUAUUAUAUCGAAGAGGUUUCUGUGCAAUUUUAUAUGCCAUCAGCAGGAUGGUGGAAUGGUACUUCUGGUAAACUGAAGCUGUUGUCUACAGAUGUUGGCUACUCUGUGGGGUGUAAAAGGACACCAACAGUAAAGCUAGGAGAUAACUUGGAGCUUGUAUUGGCAGAGGUCAAACUCCAGGCUUUUGAAAUUCAGAAUGGAACAUUUGGGAAAGAGGAGAUCUGUUCCUAUGAUCGCAAUUUCACUGCUGUGGCAAUAGCUGUAGUAAUAAUUGUCCUAAUAGUAAUAGCAAUCCUUGUCUACUUCAUUUGGCACAAGAGAAGAUCAUCCGGAUAUCAACGACUCUAACCAGCACAAGAAUGCAGCGUGAGAUGGGAUAUUACACAGAUGGCAUCACAAAAUGCGACUACAGUGUAGUGGUUAUUAAGAAAGACAAACUAGAAAAUUCCAAAUCAUGACCAAAACACAAAGCCAGGUUCACAAAUAGCUGUUGCUUUUCAGUUUUGCUAAGGUGAUCAGAUAAAAUGUUUUUCUGCUUUGAUUUUAGUGACUUAUUUUUUCACUUGUCUUUUUCUGUAAAAACAGCAGGGAUUUAUCAAAGUGGUGUAAAGUAGAACAGUUUGAUAAAUCUCUCCUACCAUCUUUAGAUGUAAGCUGAAGGUCUGUGG